CCAUCGUCUCAGAUACAGCAAUGCAACGAAAUUUCCUCUUCUUCCAUCAUAAGUCUGCACGAAAGCAUGCAGCUAAAGAAACGACCCCGCCGGAGGCGCGAUGAUGAGAAGGAUAAAAUUGCACGCGGUUACAAGACGGUGACGGCUUUCGCCACCGCGGAAGAGUACGAUCUCGAUCGAUUGCUGAGGGCUCUGCGCGAACAGAACCUUUAUGAACCGAAGCAGUUCCUGUCAAGCGACGAUAUCGAUACGGAACCGGACGUGCUGCACGUGACUGCCAAAUAUAAGGUGGGCGACGAGUGUCGCGAUUUGUAUUUCUUCCGCGAGGGCACGGUCGUGCUGUGGAACUGUACCGAUCUGGAGAGCAGCAACAUCCUGCGCUUCUUGCGACCCUUCGAGCAGGACCCGUACGAUGAGGGCACGGUGCUGGAGGAAAGCGAAUCGAUGCUGUACAACCACGAUGAUGUGCCGCGUCUGAAGUACAACAGCUUCUAUAUUUCGCAGUCCGAAGAUGCCGACCUGGAGAAGUACACUUUCUCGAACUCGAUGUCUCUGUCGGUUAAGCUUGGCAUAUGGGAGGCCUCGCUCGAACGGUAUAUCGACUCGAUGGCGUUCGUCACGGAGGACUUAAAGCGAGGCAACAAGAUCAAAAUCACGCGCCCCGAAAUGCUGCGCCGCACAGGGGAGCUGUUCGCGCUGCGGCACGUUAUCAACCUCAGUUCGGAUUUGCUCGAUACGCCCGAUUUCUACUGGGACCGGGAACAGCUCGAAACGCUGUACAACCAAACCUGCGCGUACUUUAGCAUUACCCGCCGGACGCGCGUGAUGAAUGAGAAGCUGAACCACUGCGUCGAACUGGCCGACCUGAUCAGCUCGAACCUGAAUGACGACCAUCACGUACGGCUGGAAUGGAUGAUUAUCAUCCUUAUCAUGGUGGAAGUUGGGUUCGAGGUGCUGCACUACGUCGACAAGUUCACGUAAUCGGUUGACGAUAUCGAUGCGGCGUUUUGGUCUAAUUGCGUCUGGUUUCUCGACUACCAUAUAACCAAACGACGGUUGUUUAAUCGUUCAUGUGAUUCACGUUAUCGAAAUGAGUUAUUUUACGAUCAUACAAUAUGGUUCACGAUCAAAGAAAUCGCUUCAUUUUACAGUUUGAUAUUUAUUAUCUCUUGAGUGUCUACGAUUCCAGAGAUAAGAGAAUUGACUUCUAACCAAAACUAAAAGAUACUCUUUCCGGUUAAAACAUCCAUCUAGAUGUGCGUUGUAAAAGCGUAGUUAGACAGAGUUUAGUAUGUAUUAUGUUGAAACGUGACCAUAAGUUAGAACGGCGACUCUGCAUUUAAAUAGAGCUUAACGUUUUUCUUGGACGUUGGAAGGUGAUCCAGUUCAGUCCAACGUGAUUUUUUUUGUGUUGUGUUCAGCCCCCAAGGACG